AGUGCUGAUCAUAAUGUCUGAAACAAACUGCUGUGGAUACAUCCAGCCUAUACGCAAAGUUAAAACAUUUGAUGAUGUCCAACUGUGGUUGAAGUCUCAAGCAUACUCUGAGAUUUUAGGAUUCCUCACUGCUUUAAAUAAUUCUGUCAAAGGUAAAUCAUACAAACAUUCCUAUGAGGUCUGUGAAAAGAUGCAAUCUGUUGUGUUGCUGUUCAAGCAUAUAAGGGAGGACAUUGACCAGAUUCCAUUAGAAAAUGAUCAGAGAUUUGGGAACAAAGCAUUUCGGGUUCUUGGGGAACGCAUUAUCCAAAAAUCUGAUCAAUGGAUUAGAGACAUUUUGCCUGAUGACCUCAAAGGUGCUGUUAUUGAGCUCAAAGCUUAUUUCGAUGAAAGUUUUGGAAGUUUUGGUAGAGUUGACUAUGGCACUGGACACGAAAUCAAUUUUCUUGCAUUUUGCUGCUGUUUGUAUAAGAUUGGCUAUUUCUCUACCGAUGACUAUGUUGCCACUGUCUUUUUCUUAUUCAGAGAAUAUCUCGAUUUGAUGCGAAAAAUUCAAAUCUGGUACAAAUUAGAACCAGCAGGAAGUCACGGAGUGUGGGGCCUUGAUGAUUAUCAGUUCCUUCCAUUUAUUUUUGGCAGUGCUCAGUUCUUGUCCAAUCCAGUGAUUUCUCCAGAUCAAUUCGUUCAGCCAGACAUUGUCGCCAAAUAUCAUGAAGACUUCAUGUUUUUAGAGUGCAUAAAGUUCAUCAACGAAGUUAAAACGGGACCAUUUGCUGAGCACAGUAAUCAACUAUGGGGUAUAUCAGGGGUGCCAACGUGGACUAAAGUAAACGGUGGACUCAUCAAAAUGUAUAAAGCUGAAGUUUUAGCAAAGUUUCCUGUUGUACAACAUUUCGUUUUUGGAUCCCUGCUGUCCUUGGAUUCUACGUGAUAAGAAUUCUAGAUAGGUUGAUUUGUCUCAUUACGAUGAAAAAUGUUGCAUUUUUGAUUUCUUUUGUACAAUGUAUUUGUAUCAGUAAUUAAUGUUGAAUUUGAUUACAAUGUUGAGAUCCAAGAUUACAUCAGAAACAAAGCUUUCUGUACAUAAUAUCAUAUUGAAUAUGCUGUACUGUUAUCAUUACUUCAUAUUUGUUUCAAGAAUCCUUCUCGUGAAUGAAUAA